AACUUCAGUUGGUACCUACACUCAAGCAGUCUCGCUUACGCCGGCUUCUUCAGCCAGGUUGUACGGGCGAUGAUGGUGUGCUGUGACUACGCAAAGUUGCAAGAACCAACUGGAUGGGGUCAACUGCUCUCCGAGUCCAUUGGCUUCCAAGCCAUGGCCGGUGUCUUCAUGCCUGCCUCGUUUGUCGUCUUCACCGACUGGCAGAGGUGGCGGAACGGAGAAUUUAAGUUUGUAUGGAGCAAACCAUUUCACCUUGCUCCAGAAAAACGCGUUGGAAGUGCCACGGUGUUGCGAACCCUCUCGUUCUGGCGACUUUCAGGACACGCCGCUAAGAUAGCAUUUUGGACUGCAGUGCACAAAUACCUCCUUUGUUCCAUCGACAUCAUCGGCGUGGUUAUAGGGCCCACCCAACGAAUACUCACAGACCAUGGAACACCGAUGGACUGGGUCAUCAUCUGCUUCACCUGUUACACCUUCCUUGUGCGCUUCACCCUCUUCUACGUCAUAUUCUAUGAAUUGUCGCGGUUAGUCGGCGACUUUCAGCAAUUCCUGCUGUCGCCGGCCUUCAGCCCGAACACUCUUGAGCUUGUCAGAGGUGAUCCGCUGGCAGCUAAGUUCUGGAAGCAGGCGUCUCUCGUUGAACGAUGGAUCAGAGUCGAGGUCACGGUAGAGUGCUUAAUGCCUGAGGGCCCUUGCUGCACGAUGAUUGCUUUCACUUCCUCGGAAAUUUGGAGAUUCUUCGACACUGGUCUGUACAAUGUUUUGAAACACUACAUUUACAUUCCAUGGAUGGAGGUGGUGACGAUGGUAACUUACGGGAAUAAGGAUAAUCUGAGAGGACAGACAAGCCCGGUGGUGCAGAACAUCGCCGCUGUGUUCGGCGCCGUCUUCACCUUCCUCUUUGUCCUCACCUUCCACGGUUGGAACAAAGGAAAUUAUGUCUGGGUUACGAUAAGCUUUGUCCUGUGGAUGAUUGAACGAUUUGUGGCAAAGGCGAACCGAACGUACGCCCUUAGUGACAACCUGUCAAAGCGGCUGGGUGCGGCCUGGGAACAGCGAAUCCGCUGCGCGGCGUGCUCUGGACUUCAGAUGAUAAAUCUCCUGAGUUUCUCUUUCUUUGUAACAAGUUACGAUUCUGCUUGGUUUUUGGUCGAUUCGACUCCUGCCCGUCCUUGUAAGUUAUCAAAUUUGGGAAAAUUUUUAUCACUUAAUUUAUCGUCUGUCAUUUCGUUUUAUUAA